AUGCUCUGCUGCUGUGCUAAAUCGGAGAGCAACAAGAAGUAUGCUGAGCUGGACGCGAAGCUUGAACGGAAAAUGGUGGAGAGCCGGAGGAAUUAUCCGGGACACCGGAGUUUAAAGUCCAUGGAUUCGAUAAUCAUGAAGUUUCCUAAGCUCAGAGAAGGAUUAAGAAACAUCAGAAGCGUUUUCGAAUCCUACGAUGGUGAUGGAAACGGAACAAUCGACAUGGAAGAGCUGAAGAAAUGCUUAGAGGAACUAAAGCUGAGUUUGUCGGAGGAAGAAGUGAAAGGUUUAUACGGAUGGUGUGAUGUUGAUGGAAGCAAAGGGAUACAGUUUAAUGAGUUUAUUGUCCUUCUCUGUCUCGUUUAUCUUCUUUCAAAACCUUCCUCUGAAUCUAGCUCGGAAUCUAGAGAGAUGGGUCCAAAGUUGGUUGAAUCUAUAUUUGAUCCGAUAGUGGAAGUGUUCUUGUUCUUGGACAAAGAUGGUAAAGGGAAACUGAACAAGGCUGAUGUGAUAAAGACAUUGAACAACGAAGACUAUCCUCUGGAGAGAUCUCCUUCACAUGUCACCAACAUGAGAUUCGAAGAAAUGGAUUGGGGAAGAAAAGGGAAAGUGGGUUUUAGGGAGUUUCUAUUUGCUUUCAUGAGUUGGGUUGGUCUUGACGAUGAUGACGCAGAGAGCAGCUAA